GCGGAAGUGAAGGAGCGACCGGAAGUAGCCGGAAUCCCGGCCGCCCGGACUGUCUGACAGGCUGACAGGAGCAGAGCUGCCGAGAGGCGUUGGCGACCAUGGAGUUGGGCGAGCUGCUCUACAACAAGUCCGAGUACAUCGAGACGGCGUCUGGGAACAAAGUGAGUCGGCAGUCAGUGCUGUGUGGAAGUCAAAACAUCGUUCUCAAUGGCAAGACCAUUGUGAUGAAUGACUGUAUUAUCCGAGGGGAUCUGGCAAAUGUAAGAGUGGGGCGCCAUUGUGUGGUGAAAAGUCGGAGUGUCAUAAGGCCACCAUUCAAGAAAUUCAGCAAAGGUGUCGCAUUCUUUCCUUUACAUAUCGGGGACCAUGUCUUUAUUGAGGAAGAUUGUGUGGUCAACGCAGCCCAGAUUGGCUCUUACGUUCAUGUUGGCAAGAACUGUGUGAUUGGACGCCGGUGUGUGUUGAAAGAUUGUUGCAAAAUUCUUGAUAACACAGUGUUACCCCCAGAAACCGUGGUCCCACCCUUCACCGUCUUCUCAGGCUGCCCAGGACUCUUCUCGGGGGAGCUCCCAGAAUGUACUCAGGAGCUGAUGAUUGACGUCACUAAGAGCUACUACCAGAAGUUUUUGCCCUUGACACAAGUCUAACAUCUCUGCCUCAUGUCUUCACUUCACAUGAGCUCUAAGAUAAACUUUGGGGACAAAGUUAGCCAGUCAGAAUUUCCAAAGAGCUCUUGUGUCUUUGACACCUUCCACCUGCCUCCUUUUUUUUAAAAAAAAGAAUUUUCCAGUCUUUCCAGGCUCUGAGACUUGAGUAACAGAAGGUCUGGGGGCAUUGUCUCCAAAUGAUGUGCUUUUAUCUUAUCUCUUAGCCAUUAUCUGUAGAACACAGAAUCUUCUGUUCCCAGCCCCAACCCCAACCUUGAACCUAUGGAUGUGUGGAUUCUGCCUGGAACAGGCCUGCAGACUGGGAGCACUCUGACCUGAGGUGGAGGUUGUGAAGCUGGUGUGCUGCUCGCGGCCAGAAGCUACUCCAGUGAGCAUGUUCCCACAGCUCCCAGGCAGCUUUUCUGCUGCUAACAGUUUGGCCAGUUGCACAGUUGCUCAUAAUCUUGAAAAACAAGCAUUUUUGUCUUUUCAGAGCCCAAAUUCCUUGGCUACUAAAACUUGAAGGGAAGGUAGUUGGUAUUUCUCUUCUUCCUAAAAUGACCUUAGCUGUCAUUUUGACCCAGGGCGACUGAUAGAAGCCUCUCUAGAAUUCUAUUGUAGGGCUGUUGGCUUUCACAAAAAGGGGGCUCUUAACACCCAGAUUUUAUUUUUGCAAAGGUUCACGUUUGAGUCUCCCAGGUGGAUGGAUUAGUGUGGCAGUCACUCCUUGCUCCUGGACACUUGGAAGCAGCAGUGUACCCCUUGCUUCUGUCACACUCAGGUCCUGGCCUCGACCAUUCAACCCACUCUAUUCGCCAUAAACCUCACAAUUCAGAUCAAAAUAUCUCUACUUGGCACAGUCAUGUAUACAAGGGGGCCUUCUGAAAUCAUUUUGUGGGCACAGAGCCCUGAGGAGUAAAUGAGAUUGUCAGUGCUGUCCUUACCAUCUCCUGUGGGUAGCAGUGCAGCCCUUCCUGGUUCUGCUCUUGGUUUAGAAAAAUUUGGAAGUGGAGGUUGGCCUUGAUUAAUGCUCUGGCUCUGCCAUGAUUAGAGUAGAACAGUUCAGCUUUGAUGGUUAAGAUCUAGCAAGAUCUGUCUUAACUUAAUAUCCGAUUGUGGGGCUUACAAAAACAGUGAUGUGUAAUCAUCUCCGCUAGUUCAAUGUAAAACUGCUUUCUGAUCUCAUUUUAAAAUGUUUGUACAUUAAAAGAUUGACACAUGAAACGAGUCAUUUGAAGGUGCUGUUUUAUAGAUCUGGAAACUGAGACAAGGAGAAGUAACUUGUCCAAUGUCAUAGAGAUGGUAAGGGGAGAGGCUUGCAUUUGAACCCAAGGUUCUUUAGUCUGUGAGUUCAAUACACUACCUUGCUUUUUGGUAGAGGGCAAGUGAGUGAGCAAGUCUGGGAUUUGGGGCUUGCCAGGCAGACAAGCCCUCUGGAAGCAGUGUGCAGAGAAGCUGGUGGACUUUGGAGUGGGACGAGUUGGGUUGGAAUUCAAGUUCUGCCACCUCCCGGCUCUAUGACCUUGGGCAAGUAACCUAAUACUGAAGUUGUGACUUCCUCAUCUGCAAGAUAGGAAUAAACAUCCUAGAAUUUGUGAGAAUUAAAUGAGAUCAUCUCUGUAAAGCUCUUAGUCCCCACGUGCCCCCAUGCCUGGUCUAGUUAGUUACUGCUCAGAAAGAGUUUACGGUCAGUAUUAUUUCUGGUGCCAGGCAGACGGACUGUAUGAACGUGGCAUAAUUUUAGCUGUAUAAAAUUGAAACUUCGGGACCUCCCAGUUGGUGCAGGAGUUAAGUCUCAGCGCUAUCAAGCUAUUGCCUGCCACUGCAGCAUGAGUUCGAUCUCUGGCCAGGGAGCUACCCACAUGAUGCAGCAGACCUCUCCUUCUCAUCCGCUGCUCCCCUCAGCAGUGUAUUUCAGUAGAUCCCCCUGUUCUGCUCCCUACUCUGUCUGGUGAACCCUCUUACCCCCACACCUCUGGCCUAUACCCCAGUUCUUGAAUGCAUAAAUAAUUUUUUUAAAUAAAUAAAUAGCUUUAAAAAAUAAAUUGAAACUCUAUGUUGACAAGGACUAUAAGGAAGUAUGAUAAUACAAAAAAGCUAUUAAUGGACAAAGCAAAGUUUCUUCAGUGCUUUGUUUUUUAUUUUCUCACCUCAUUGUUCAUUUUUGUACAAAUUUGAUUUCUCCCCCCAGGUGCAAUCCCUAUAAAUCUGCCACCACCAAUUCACCCAGUGAACCCUCACCACAGUCCCUUGUGCUCUUCCCUCCCAUUGUGACCCCUUGCCCUCCCCUCCCCUGCUGUAAGUCUGCCAUCUGUGAGUGCUUCAUUUUUCAGUAAAUGUUCCUAAUUGGAGUAAAUACUCAAUGGCUUUUCACUGUAUGAAUGAGAAACACCAACAUGCUUAUAAAGUACUCUAUGCAGUGGACACUGGCGGGGAGGAUUUGUUUCUGGAAGGGGGCCUGUGCAGAAAAGAGCGUUAUAAGCCUGUGAGGAUGACCCUGUAAAUGCUGAAUUGACUGCCAGGGGAUUGAGUAAUUUUGCAAUGAGGAAAAAAGGAAAAUGUAAAAAUAGUAACUCUGUAUUUUGUGGCUAUUGUAUGUGGAUGUGUGAUAAAAGUGAUUUAAAAUGUCAUAGGCUUAUAAUUUCAUCAACCCUUGAGGGAUCAUCCCAGUCGAAGAAAUACACAACAAAUAUUAAACUAAGAAGGUGUGGGUGGAGUUGAGCCUCCUUGCUUUUCCCCACCAUUAAGUGGGUAUGAAUGUGAAUUUGAAGGGCACUGGCACCAGAACAGCUCUCCAUAAGUGAUGAUUUUUGCUAUGAAUCAUGCCAAUUGGAAUCUGGGAAAGAAACAGCAUAAAGAGAGGCAAUCUCAGGAUGGAAGUACACAUCUGGGAUUUGGAAAAGCCGUUAAAUGGCUAGUGAGGCGUUGCUGAAAUCAAAUGCCUGGCACUUGAGGCUGAUGACUGUCCAGUCUGAUGUGCUUUCCUUUGAAUUUGUCCACAUGGAAAGACUAUAAGAGGAAAAGAAAACCUUGUCACUGCGACUGGAAGCAGGCCUCUCUGGCACCGCACCAUGCCUAUGUGGCUUGUUUGGAACUCCAGAUUUUCACUGACUAAUUGCCUAGAACUGGAUAGGACCUGAAACCUGAUGCUGGCUGCCGUGAGCUGUUCCAUUCUCACCAGGUACCUUGCUGAACCGAAAGCAGACAGGCUGUGUGACCAGGACUGACCUGGGAACGCUGAAGAUUCAGCCCCCUUCCGUGGAGCUCUAAACCAUGAAAACAUGCAUGGUGGAUGCUGGCUGGGCCAGCCUGUCACUUGCAAAUGCCCCAGGAAAUGGCUUGUUCUCUGAUGGGAACUUCUGAAACCUCCUCUCCAGUUUGAAGGCUGCGUGCAUCCUCCCUGGUGGUCCCUGCCCAAGCUGCAUCACAGACUGUGACCCCUCCACCUGCUUUCCACAGAUCAGACUCGGGGGAUAUCUCACUGCAGCUCACUCCUGCACGACUUUCUGGAUUCAUGGCAGCUUGCCACCUGGGCGGAGAGCCUUACUCCCUCACUUCCUCUGUGUACACACUUACCAAGGUAGGGUGAUUAUUCAAGUGUAGCUGUCUCCAGAAAUGGAUUGAUCUUUUCUAGGCUGCUCUCUGGAUCAAAGGGGCAGGUUAUGUAAAUUCAUUUUGAAAUUUUUGAAUAUUCUGGAUUUCAUCAUUUGUUUGCUAGGACGGCAUAAUAAAAUAUCUCAGACUGGAGGUGGGGGCGGUGGGGGGGGUUAAGCAGUAACAUUUUCUUCUAGAGGCCAGAAGUCCAAGAUCAAGGUGUCAGUUCCUUGUUUGUUUCUCCUGAGGCUGCUCUCCUUGGCUUGCAGAUGCUCAUCUUCUCUGUGUGUCCUCACAGAAUCACUCAUCUGUGUGGUCUGUGUCCUAAUCUCUUGAGUACACAGUCACAUUGAAUUAGGGCCCACCCUACUGACCUCAUUUUAACUUAAUUACCACAGAAGGCUCUGUCUCCACCAACAGUCACAUUCAAAGGUAUUGGAGGUUAAGGCUUCAAUAGAUGAAUUUUGGGGCACCGCAGUUCAGCCCAUAGCACAUCCUGAUCAGUUCCUGAAUAUAUCUUUCUGGUUAAAUUGUAUAAAAUUGCUUAUCUACAAAAGUGCUUUUAUGCCAUUGGCAUACAACCCUUCCAAAUGAAAGGACUGGAUGAGAGUAAGAAUUGAUUGAAGAAAUGUGAAGUUUGCCCGCCUGGACGGCAGGGGGCACACUCAUUUUGUACCUGGAGAAAAAGCAAAACCCUGGCACCUGGAGCACCUUGGGGAAGGGAGUGGGCUUUCCCCUCCUGAAGGACAACUCCUAGAGCAGCCUCUUUGCCUGUGCUGCUAGGCUUUGAAUUGGCACUACUGAGCCUGAGAUCCACUGGCAGCCCUCACAUGUGACAACAGAGGGGGCCUGGCUCCUGCGCUUUCUGCAAGGAACACCUUCUAGUGUUGUCCACUCUGAUGAACAAGCAAAACUGAUCAGAACUGACUGCCUUCAGGCAGUCCCUUGAAGACAAGCACGGGCUGGGUUUUCCUUUCUAGACCAGAAACCCCAGGUCAGAGGCCUGCACUGGGAGACCUGACAACCUCUACUGCAUACUAUUGUAUCCUGCUUGGGGUACCCUGACAUUGUAAACUUGUAUUCAGGGGGACUAGAUGUGUCUGAUGGUAUUGCACGUCUGUUUGUACCCAUCACCACGCUGCCUCGGCCUUGGAAGGCUUCUGGUCAGCUUGAACUUGCACACAGAAACUAAGGAGGAAGCCCCCUGACUUUCUAAGAUAGAUUUCUGUGGGUAAUGGGAUUUAUUUUAGUUGGCUAAAUCCAAGACCCCUACCAUGUAUGGCUGAGAUCAGAACUGCAGAUUGGGCUCCUCCUUUUGUGUGGGCUCCUACUGAUAACAACUUCAGAAUAGGGGGUGAAUUGUGCAGAAAAGAAUGAAUAAAGCAGGGCCUCCCUGGUGGCACAGCGGUUGAGCGCUGGGCUGCGAUGCUGCCCGCAGCCUCUGCAGUGCCAGUUCGAUCCCCGGCUGCUCCCC